UGCCUCCAACUGAGUCAUGCAAUUUAUGUGGAGAAAUAACGAGAGGUAUAGUUGUGAGAAAUAAAUAGGAAAAAAAAUAUUGCAUUAGUUUCCUCGUCGCGGAGGUAAUCAGUCUAUUGUUCGAGGUGAUUUCCUUGGAGACAUUUGAUAAAAUCGUCUUGGAGGAUCUGGUGGAUUGAAGGUUCACAGCAGCGCAGGUCUUGGAGAAUUGACACUGGAUUUCGUGGGAUUUAGUCGGCCAUCGGUGUUGCAACCCACCCGGCUGUCAAAGUACUCCUUGAAAAGAGGAUAAUCGAAUUGCUCACAGGAAAGAACGGUGUAAUUCACGGUGUUUGAGUACCAGUGAAAGUGUGAAGAACGUGUCCAGGGUGGGGCAUCAUCGGUUUGACAAGUUGGAUCGAUUUUGGUUGAGAAUGUAUUGAUUUAGGGGGCUGUCGUUGGUUCGAGAAUACAAGCAGAUUGCGAGGAUUGAGGUAUUUUGGGGAUUUGUUGGUGGCCGGAGUGACUUGGGAUCGACAUGGAGGACGAUCUUCCCACUGAAUAUGAUGUCGUCGUCGUGGGAACAGGGAUGACGGAGUCCAUCGUGGCUGCUGCUGCCAGCAGAAUCGGCAAGAAAGUACUCCAUCUGGAUAGUAACGAGUAUUACGGGGGCUUGUGGGCGACCUUCAACUUUGACGGUUUCGAGAAGUGGAUUGAGGACCUGAACGCAUCGGAAGCUGGAGGGGAUGCUAAUGUGGAGGUAGAGACUGGCGAAAAAUUCUUAAAGGCCAGUAAUCAAUAUUCAACGGUUGAGAAUAUCGAUGAAACGUGGUUCAUACCGAAUGAUGCGGAGCUACCAGACCUCUCAACGAAGGAGAGUCAAACCGAAAGUGAAACCGAGGAGAAAGAGAAAACCGACGUGGGGAAAACCGAGCACAAAUACGCUACGAAACACUGGACGAUCGAGCGAAUUGUAAAGGAACACCGAAGAUUCAAUAUUGAUCUAGCCCCAAAACUGCUCUUCGCAAGAGGAGAUCUGGUGGAAUUACUGAUAUCAAGCAACAUAGCACGUUACGCAGAAUUCCGUGCUGUCUCGAGAGUAGCAACAUUCAUGGAUGGAAAACUCACACAAGUACCUUGUUCCCGAGCUGACGUGUUUGCCAACAAAACGGUGAGCGUAGUUGAGAAGAGAAUGCUGAUGCAGCUGCUGAUGUCGUGCAUGGAGCAGGGAGCUGAGAGCCCAGAGUUCGAUGGCUACCGUGACAAAACCUUCCUGGAGUAUUUAAACACGAAGAAUCUGACGCCAAUGGUGAAGCACUACGUGAUGCAGGCGAUAGCAAUGGCCACAGAGAAAACUUCAUGCCGUGACGGAGUAAUUCGUACGAAGCAUUUCCUCAAUAGCUUGGGAAGAUACGGAAACACUCCAUUCCUGUGGCCCAUGUACGGUAGUGGAGAGUUGCCCCAGUGUUUCUGUCGACUUUGCGCCGUUUUUGGUGGUGUUUAUUGCCUGAAACGCCAGCUGGAUGGAAUAGUUGUGAAUGAGGACAAGUGCAAGGCCAUUAUCAGUGGAAAACAACGACUCGCCCUGGAGCACUUGGUGGUAGGGCAGGGCCAUCUACCACCUGAGAUCGUCGAGUCACCUGGGGAGCACAAAAUUUCACGUGGAAUAUUCAUCACUGACAGAUCUAUUAUGCAGGGGGAGAAGGAAAAUCUCACUCUUCUUUAUUAUCCACCUGAGGAGCCUGGCCAGGAACCCGUCACUCUCAUUGAGCUGGGACCAUCCACCAAUGCCUGUCCUCAGGGCCUCUUCAUGGUCCACAUGACAUGCAAGAGAACAGCAACUGCUAAGGAUGAUUUGGCGUAUGUCGUGAAGAAAUUCCUCGCCGCCAAUGCUCUCGAGCCCAACGUUGUUCCAUAUCCCACUGACGUUCACACCCAGACUGUUCCUGAGAAGAGCCAUCUCCAGGAGGCCGAUGAGGCUAAGGACAAACAGCUUGAUCAUCUCAAGCCCCAUGUUCUCUGGUCAAUGUAUCUGAAUUUACCAGCUAGUGACAUCAGGUUGAGUGAUUCUGCACCCAAGAAUGUUCACCUCUGCUCUGGACCUGAUCUUGAUCUUGACUUUGAUUUCGCUGUUAAUCAGGCGAAGGAGAUCUUCAAGACUAUGUACCCUGACGAGGAUUUUCUCCCCCGUGCUCCUGAUCCCGAGGAAAUCGUCCUCGAGGGUGAUGAAACCCCUGGGCCAAAGUUCGAGGAUGUACCCGAGGCUGAGGACGUCAGCAAGGAGGAAUAAAUUAUGUCUUUUUGGUGAGGAGAGAUGGAGCGAGAAGCAGGAUGCUUUUUGCAAUUCCCAAUUUGCUACACCAAACCAACAGGAAAUGUGGAUGAGGAAUGGCCUGCAUUCUUAAUGUCUUUACCGUUAUCAUCAUUUCACCUCUUGCAUUUUUUAUGU